AUGCAACGAUUUGAUAUAUUAUCGAAACAAUUACGUUUAAUCAAUAUUAUCAGAACAAAUAGAACGUUUAUAAAAUCAUUCAGCAGUGAAAAACCUCCAGACGAUGGCAUGAACAAAACUGAGAAUACUCAAAUAGAGAUUAAAGAAAUAAAAUCAUCUGAUAGUUCUUUAAAUAAAUCUGAUGAAUCAAAUUCUAAUAUCAAAUCUAAUGAAAUGAAAUCUCUUGAGGAUGUAGCACAACCAGAAAUAAAGUUGAGUGGAUUUGCACAGACAUUUAAAAAGUUUUCAAAAAUUGAUACACCAGAAGAAACCAAAGGACCAACCACAUUUACUUCUUUACUACGACAGUCAGAAUUUAUGAAUUUAGGAGAUCCAGAAGGAAAGAGGGUCGUAGGGAAAAUAUUUAAAACCGUCAACGACGAUUUGUACAUAGAUUUUGGAUGGAAAUUCCAUUGUGUAUGCACCAGACCUUUAAAAAAUGGAGAAUUUUAUGUUAGAGGUUCAUUGGUAGCUUUAAAGAUAAAAGACUUGGAAUUAUCUGCAAGGUUUUUAGGUGCAACUACAGACACUACUAUCUUAGAAGCAGAUUGUGUACUUUUAGGUUUAUUAUAUUCUCCAUUAAAAAAAGUCAAUACACAAUCAGAGAAGACCCAAUUGUAAUACGUGCUAUUUAAUAUUUGUUAAUUAUUGUAAUAUCUAAUAAAUACUUAAACAUUAA